AUGGCAUCACUGGUGCACAUGGUCCAAGAGAAUGGGCGCAUAGCGGCCGGGCUCCUGCUCAACCUGCUGGUGUCCAUCUGCAUCGUCUUCCUGAAUAAGUGGAUCUAUGUGCACCACGGCUUCCCCAACAUGAGCCUGACCCUGGUGCACUUCGUGGUGACCGGGCUGGGCUUGUACAUUUGUCAGAAACUGAACAUUUUUGCCCCUAAAAGCCUGCAGCCGUCCCGGCUGCUGCUCCUGGCCCUCAGCUUCUGUGGCUUCGUGGUCUUCACCAACCUCUCUCUCCAGAGCAACACGAUAGGCACCUAUCAGUUGGCCAAGGCCAUGACCACCCCCGUGAUCAUAGCCAUCCAGACCCUGUUUUACAAGAAAACCUUCUCUGCCAAAAUCCAGCUCACCCUGAUUCCCAUAACUUUAGGUGUCAUCCUAAAUUCUUAUUAUGAUGUGAAGUUUAAUUUUCUUGGAAUGGUGUUUGCUGCCCUCGGGGUCUUAGUGACAUCCCUUUAUCAAGUGUGGGUCGGGGCCAAGCAGCACGAGCUGCAGGUGAACUCCAUGCAGCUGCUCUACUACCAGGCCCCGAUGUCGUCGGCCAUGCUGCUCGUGGUUGUGCCCUUCUUCGAGCCCGUGUUUGGCAAAGGCGGCAUCUUGGGGCCCUGGUCCUUCUCUGCCCUGCUCAUGGUGCUGCUCUCUGGAGUCAUCGCCUUCCUGGUCAAUCUGUCCAUAUACUGGAUCAUUGGAAAUACUUCUCCAGUCACGUAUAACAUGUUUGGACACUUCAAAUUCUGUAUUACUUUAUUUGGAGGAUAUGUUCUAUUUAAGGAUCCACUGUCAGUUAACCAGGGUCUUGGCAUUUUAUGCACAUUAUUUGGCAUUCUAGCCUAUACUCAUUUUAAACUUAGCGAACAAGAAGGCAACAGGAGCAAAUUGGUACAGCGUCCUUGAGGGAGUUUUCAUAGAGAAAAUAUAAUCACCUCAGGCAAAUGAAAAAUAUUGCCAAAUGUGCACUGAUCUUUUUAUAAUAAGCAAAAAAUUAAUUUAAAAAUCUGCCAUAAUAAACUACCAGAAUAUUGAAAUAAAGCAUAUUUUUUACAUGUUAAAACUGA